GGCCUCGCUGGCCGACUCACUCUGGAGUUCGGGAGCUUCUCUAUCCGAGAGGGCUGCGAGGACACCACCACCCGAUCAAAAAGCUGGCAGGCUGACGUGGGCAGGAAUCCAUUUAUAGGACGGACUUUCCGGCAACUGACCAUUUAGCUGUGGCAUACCCGGACCUCGUGUACGUGGGAUAUCGACAAUGAGCUCCGUAGCUGUACUGACACCUGAAAGCUUUGCCGAGCACAGGAGUGGCCUCAAUGAACAGCAAGCGAAAGCAAGUGUUGGUUCUGAAGAUGAGACCGAUCUGGUACCAACUUAUAAGGAAGCGUUUCCUCCUCUCCCUGAAAAAGCUACUCCUGGAGAGACGACAACAGAACCGUCUGGAGCAUGGACCAAAAUCAGACCACUUAAAUCUUCUCUCAUCACCCAGGUUUUUCAUGUACCAUUAGAAGAGCGCAAGUACAAAGAAAUAACCCAGUUUGGAGAAGGAGAUCAAGCUAAGAUCUGUCUGGAUAUCAUGCAGAAGACUGGUGCGCACAUUGAACUCUCAUUGGCUAAGGACCAAGGGCUUUCCAUCAUGGUUUCUGGCAAGCUUGAGGCUGUCAUGAAAGCGAGGAAGGAGAUUGUUGCUAAGCUGCAGACUCAGGCUUCAGCAACAGUAGCCAUCCCCAAAGAACACCACCGUUUUGUGAUUGGAAAGAGCGGAGAGAAACUGCAGGAGUUGGAAUUGAAAACCGCGACUAAGAUCCAGAUUCCUCGGCCUGAAGAUCCCAGCAACCAGAUCAAAAUAACUGGCACUAAAGAAGGCAUUGAAAAAGCACGGCAUGAAAUCUUGCUGAUAUCUGCUGAACAGGACAAACGUGCAGUUGAGAGGAUCAAUAUUGAGAAAGUCUAUCACCCAUUCAUUGCUGGCCCCUUCAACAAGACUGCUGGGGAGAUGAUGCAGGAGACUGGAACACGGAUUAAUAUCCCGCCUCCAAGUGUUUUGAAGAAUGAGAUUGUUAUCACCGGUGAGAAAGAACAAGUUGCACAGGCUGUCUCGCGCAUCAAGAGGAUCUAUGAAGAUAAGAAAAAGAAAACCACAACGAUCGCAGUAGAAGUGAAGAAAUCCCAACACAAGUAUGUUAUUGGACCUAAAGGAAACUCACUGCAGGAGAUUUUGGAACGGACUGGAGUCUCUGUCGAAAUCCCACCCUCGGAUAGCAAUUCUGAAACUGUCAUCCUUCGUGGUGAGCCUGACAAACUGGGGCAGGCUUUGACUGAAGUCUAUGCUAAAGCUAAUAGCUUUACAGUCGCAAGUGUCAACGCUCCAUCCUGGCUCCAUCGCUUCAUCAUCGGGAAGAAAGGGCAGAACUUGAGUCGCAUAACACAGCAAAUGCCUAAGGUAUACAUUGAAUUCACUGAUGGUGAGGAUAAGAUUUGUCUGGAAGGCCCAACCAAGGAGGUGAAACAAGUUCAGGAACAAAUUGAAAGCGUUGUGCAGGAUUUGGUGAAUCGUAUGGAUUACACCGAAUUAACAGUUGAUCCCAAGUUUCACCGUCACCUUAUUGGGAAGAAUGGAACAAAUAUAAAUCGUAUCAAGGAUCAGUACAAAGUCUUAGUUCGCAUCCCUCCUGAUAACGAAAAGAGUAAUCUAAUUCGGAUUGAAGGGGACCCUCAGGGAGUUCAAGAUGCCAAGAAGGAAUUGUUGGAACUUGCAUCCAGAAUGGAAAAUGAACGCUCCAAGGACUUGAUAAUUGAGCAUCGUUUUCAUCGUACAAUCAUUGGCCAGAAGGGAGAGAAGGUUAAGGAAAUCCGUGACAAAUUCCCUGAGGUGGUUAUUAAUUUCCCAGAUCCAAGUCAAAAGAGUGACAUAGUGCAGCUCCGUGGCCCCAAAAAUGAGGUAGAAAAAUGUGCAAAGUUCCUGCAGAAAAUUGUGGCUGAAUUGGUGGAGAAUAGCUAUUCAGUCUCUGUGCCCAUCUUUAAACAGUUUCACAAAAAUAUCAUUGGAAAAGGAGGAGCAAAUAUCAAGAAGAUCCGUGAGGAAACUAACACAAAGAUUGAUUUGCCAGCAGAAAACAGCAAUUCUGAAAUGAUCGUUAUCACAGGGAAAAAAUCCAACUGUGAAGUGGCUCGCAGCAGGAUCCUGGCCAUCCAGAAGGAAUUGGCGAACAUCACAGAGGUUGAAGUGUGCAUUCCUGCUAAGCUCCACAAUUCUCUGAUUGGUGCAAAGGGCCGUUUCGUCCGCUCCAUCAUGGAAGAGUGUGGUGGAGUGCACAUCCACUUUCCUACUGAAGGAUCAGGCAGCGACACAGUCACCAUAAGGGGAUCUACUGAAGAGGUUGACAAGGCCAAGAAGCAGCUCCUUCAUUUGGCUGAGGAAAAGCAAAUCAAGAACUAUACCAGUGAACUGCGCGCCAAACCAGAAUAUCAUAAGUUCCUCAUUGGACGUGGUGGUGCCAACAUCCGCAAGGUGCGGGACAAUACAGGAGCCCGGAUAAUUUUCCCUACAGCAGAUGACAAGGAUCAAGAGCUGAUCACCAUUGUUGGUACAGAGGAAGCUGUCAAAGAAGCUCAGAAAGAACUGGAGGUCCUUAUUAACAACCUGGACAAUGUCGUAGAAGAUGCAAUAACUGUCGAUCCCAAACACCACCGAUACUUUGUGAUUCGCCGUGGACAGGUUUUGCGGGAAAUCGCUGAUGAAUAUGGCGGUGUGAUGGUCAGUUUUCCCCGUACUGGAACACAGAGUGACAAGGUGACACUGAAAGGUGCCAAGGAUUGUGUGGAGGCUGCCAAGAAACGCAUGCAGGAAAUCAUUGAAGAUCUGGAAGCUCAGGUGACCAUAGAGUGUGUAAUUCCGCAGAAGUUCCACAGGAUGGUGAUGGGUGCCAAAGGCUUGAAUGUGCAACAGAUCACCAAGGACCAUAAUGUACAGAUCAAAUUCCCUGAGCGUGAGGAGAAUCAAGCGGUCGAGCAGCAAGUCCAUGAGAAUGGAGAGACUGAUGGAGAAGUUAAGGACGUUGACCUCGCUGUGCCCCGGAAGAAUGACAUCAUUAUUAUUUCUGGACGAAAGGAACGUUGUGAAGCAGCCAGAGAUGCUCUGCUGGCAUUGGUUCCCGUAACUAUCGAAGUGGCAGUGCCCUUUGACUUGCAUCGUUACAUCAUUGGCCAGAAGGGUAGUGGCAUUCGUAAAAUGAUGGAGGAGUAUGAGGUGAACAUUGCUGUGCCCCCUCCUGAGGAGCAAUCGGACAUAAUUAAAAUCACUGGGCUGGCUUCUCACUUGGACAGAGCUCGGCAAGGACUGAAUGAGCGGGUCAAAGAACUUCAGAUGGAACAGGAGGACCGAGCUCUGAGAAGCUUCAAGUUGACAAUCUCUGUGGAUCCACGUUAUCACCCAAAAAUCAUUGGCAGAAAAGGUGCAGUUAUUACUCAGAUUCGCAUGGAUCAUGAUGUCAAUGUGCAAUUUCCUGACAAGAAUGAUGAAAAUCAGGAUCAAAUAACUAUCACUGGGUAUGAGAAAAAUACAGAAUCUGCCAAGGAAGCCAUCAUGAAAAUAGUGUCUGAGCUGGAGGAAAUGAUAUCUGAAGACAUUACUCUUAACCACAAAGUCCACGCCCGUAUUAUUGGUGCUCGUGGAAAAGCCAUUCGAAAGAUUAUGGAGGACUUCAAGGUUGACAUUCGUUUUCCUCCAUCUGGGGCAGAAGAUCUUGACUGUGUCACUGUGACUGGUCUGCCUGACAAUGUGGAUGAGGCUAUUGAUCAUCUCCUGAACUUGGAAGAGGAAUACAUGUCAGAUGUUGUGGAAAAUGAGGCUAUGCAGGCAUAUAUGAAACCAACAUCACGUGUGGAUGAACCAAAAACCACCUCCAAGGGCUUUGUGGUGAGAGAUGCACCAUGGACCAGUAGCACAGAAAAGGCUCCAGACAUGAGUAGCUCUGAAGACUUCCCAAGUUUUGGUGCUCCAGUUGCUCCAAAGACUUCACCGUGGGGACCGAAAAGAUUCUGAGCAGGAAGAAGCUCUAUUUUCCAAACCCCCCAGCCCCCCCCCCCCCCCCCCCCCAUCCUCCCCAUCCCCUCGUAUUGCUGGGUUGCCACAAUGUGCUUCCUAUUUGAUUCCAGUUCAGCAGCCUAGCAAGUAAUUAGUGUAGCAAAAAUUACUUCCUGUGUCAGUCGUUUCCAAAAACACAAUAGCCGUGAUUUAAAGGCCAUACCCGUGAGCCUAGUCUAUAGCCACGCAGUUGCGUGCUUCUAAACCCCACGGCAUUCCACAUACCCUGAUAAACACAACUGUUUGAAAACAGUGUGCCACUGAUUCGAUGCAAGGGCCCAAAUUGCAGUGUUUAUCCAGAUUACCCACACAACUUGGUCCACUGCUUAUUUCAGUCAAGUCAACAUCUACAGGAAUUUGAAGCAAAGACUGGGUGGGGUUGUGGUCUCCUGAUUUCUUUUUAAAUCCCUGGAGUCCGCAUCCUUUUGCCUACCUUUGCAGUUUUCCUGGUUAAAAGUGCAAUUGCUUUAACCCUUCAACUGCCACUUGCCAUAGAGCUCUGAAGCCCAUUUUAACACCUGCAUUUCAAAUUUGACUGUGAAUCCAGUCCUUAAAUCACAGCUCAGCUGACCUCAUUUUAAAUUAACCUCAUUUUGAAUCAGGUGUUCCUCCCUAGCAGGUAGACCCUAUGCUAUGCCACUGUUCCAGGUCACUCGAUGUGCACAGCCUUGGUUGUUUUCCCCCUAUCCUAAUGGUUGGGGCAUUGUGCAUAUGAUGAUAUUGCUUUUGCAAAAAUGAGGCUGUGAGCAAACCCCUGAACACAGCAUGUAAAUGGAACUCUACUUGCCAUAACAGGGCCAACAGCAAAUGAGCACUGAGGGGAUUUGGGGAAAAAAUGCAAAAAACAAGCCAAAUGGAUUCUCUUAAACUGUCCCACAGCCAAAGACUCAUUGCUUUGUGUAAAGUUUCUUUGUGCAAACACAGCACAAAGCCAAGGCAAUGACUGAUGAACAAUGAAGGGUGAAACCUCAAACUUUCAGCCUGCUCCUGCUGCAGAGAUCCCUGAAGUGGUAUUUCUUUGCCCAAUUGCUCUUUCAUAAUGCAGAUUUUAUUUGAACAAGAAAUUCUCAUUCCAUUUGAGAACAUCUGAGACACAUUAAAAUGGCAGUUGUUUACCCUGGGCUUAUUUGGUGUUUCUGUAUACAGAAAAGGCACUAAAUUAAGUUUUGUGCAUGCUAUGUAUCUGUUAUACAUAGAGAUGCAUGGUAUUGACUUUGGUCAUGUCAGUGUGUCAAUUCCAAAGAGCUCGAAAGAAGCUAAUUUACAGAAUGCACAUUAAUGUCAGUGUAUAGAGUAUACCACCUACUUGUAAUUUGAUAUAGACAGUAUCUUGAAAGAGAAUCUUCCUCUUCCAAAGUGGAAUUUAUUUUCUCAUGCAAAUGAGGACUGCCCAUGUUGAACAGUAAGGAGGGGGGUGGUAAAGGAAAGAGCUGUGCAGUUCCCCACCAACACUACACAUUCUGGGUCAAUAACCUCAGGCUGGUAAAUCUUAAUAGCCAGAUUUUGGUUCCUAGUAAAUCAUGCACUUGGGUUAAUCCACACAUUAGCCUUCUUAAAACAGCACAGAAUACCCAAAGGUUGAGGGUGUGUGGCUAGGAAGGAGAGAGCAGACUGCAUAACCUGUGAAUAGGAAGUGCAACUUCUCUUUUUUUUGGUAGCUUGUCUUGCCCACCAUUACUAAUGCCACUCCCUGUGACUGGGUCUUUACUACCUUUUAUUGUUGAGGUGUGGAGUACUGAUGGGCAGGGCCUGUUGACCUUUUGGGUUAGCUUGUUUAAGAAACUGAACUUUGAGAUCUACAAGGAGAAAGAAAACUUGACAAAAACACUAAUCUAUUGAAAAUGCAAUCAUCUGUUUUGAUUUUUUUUUCACCCAAUUUUCCCUGUAGACUCACUUGACUGUGAGAAAGACUCUUGUCAUGAUCCACAGUCCAGUGAGUUGAAUCUGUUUUAUUUUUAUUGAGUCUAAGUCUCUGUUUCUGGGACUUGAUCGAUAGGAAACCCAGUUGCUUUGCUAUGAAUCUGUUUUUGAUUCAUAAUUUUGGCUUCCUUUCAUAAUCUGGUCCCAGUUUUGUUUUUUAAAUCUUGCUGAAUACUGGAUGGAUUUAUAAUCCGUUAAGCAUCGUCCAAUUUAUUGAGCAUUUCUGUCACGUGCAAAGCAGUAGAGAGCCCCCACCCACCCCCUUACAGCACCCCUGCCAAAGGAGAAUUGGCUUGAUCUAGUGGAUGCCAAUAUCUGGCUAUUCCUACAAUUAAGAAAUGUAGUGAUAAUUAAGUCACUUCUGAAUUAUUAACUGAUUAGAUUAGUGACUCUUUCAGAAGCUGGUUAUCUCUUCAGUGUGAUAGUCUCUUGCUGGCACUUUAAAGCAGAGAUGGGGCUACCCUUGUGUACUUACAUCUGCUCAUAUGUGAGUUUGCACCUUGCAGAUUUAAAUGUAAUUUGUAGAUCUCAGUUUGAUGAUGCUUUGAUUUAACUGGGAUAAAAAAAUUUUGGUUUUUCUUUUGAAACAACUUGCUAAUCUUCUCAGGGCGUCAGUGUGCAAUUCCCCUCUCUGCAGGCUGUGAGAAUGCUAGCUGAAAGCUGACUUGCCCCUAAUGUAAGGAGUAAAGUAGCAAUAAUGUCCCAAGACCACCAGGUGCAAAUUUGGUACUAAGUUCUUUAGCAGAACACCACUCAGCCAGUGUUGGCAGCCUGCUGGCACACUUUAGGUUCAGCUUACUUUCAAAGUGGAUGUCCAUGCAUUAGGUACCGUGGCCUGUUUUGUCCUUUUUUGUUCAAACCAUCAAUGUUCCAAUGCCAUUUCCUUGUCUGCUAUUGAUCCUGCCCUGUUGAUACAGUAAUGAAGGAUUUGAGAAAUGGGCCUGUUUUCACUGCUCACAUCUGUUCAAGUCUUCCAUGUUGAUGCAAUACGAAGAACAAGCAGUUUCCAUGUAAGACCCAUUGGCCUUAACUCUGAAUGGAGAUAUGCAAAUGUAUAGGAGAUAUGGAUGACACUGGAAUUUUUUAAAUCCAAAAUUAAAAAAAAAACGAAUAACCAGUC